UUAUUAAAAACUAUGUUCAAUGAAAUAAAUCCUUAUAUUCAUAACUUUCGUCAUAUUUCUAGACUACCUACUGAAACAUCACAGGUAGCAGCAAUUUGGGUUAAUUCUGAAGUGCCUUCUAAUAUAAUACAAAAACAGGACAUUGUAUUGCAUAUAUAUAUAGAUCAGCUAGUUCAUAUUACCGAAAUUAGUGGAUGUUAUAAUCCUUUAGCUUAUCCAAUUCUGUUACCUUAUAGAGAACAAGGAUGGGCUCCUCAAAAAAUUCUAUAUAUAGGCAUUCAAUUAACAUCUAAAGUAACUAAUAUUAUUGAAGAAUCAAAUAACAAUGAUGAACUAGAAUACGAAAAUAAUAAUGAAAUUCAUGAUAAUGUGAAUAUUAAGAGGGCCAUGAAUUUUGAAGAACUCAAAACAGUAAAUGGUACUGUAUAUGCUACUUUUAAAGAAAGUGCUUUGCGAAGAGGUUUUCUUGAAAAUGAUAAUGACUAUCGACAAUGUAUGACUGAAGCAAGAGAAUUUCAAAUGCCCAGUCAAUUGCAUGAUCUUUUUGCAACAUUAUUAGUUUUUGGUGAUAUUGCAGAUCAACCUUUAAUACAAACAACACUUCAAAGCUUGAAUACAUUAUUGCAAAGAUAUUCAAAAACUGUUGCUGAUUAUGACUUACCAAAUUUUCAACCAGAUGCUAUUAAUAAAAAUUUGUUACCAAUGCUUCUAGAAGAGUUAUCUUAUAAUAUUACUUUAAAUGAUCUUGAUAAAAUAAAUACAUUAAAUGAAGCACAAUGUGCAGUGUUUGAUGAAGUACUUAGUCUAAUAAAUUAA